AUGGCCAAGGUCCUCUGCUUCCUGGCCGUAGUCCUUUUGGAGCUGCAGCUGGCCACAGGGGCCAUGGAUUCCUGCUACGAUACUCAAGGGCUUGCUCACCGCUGCAUGCCCAUCUUUGAGAAUGCAGCGUUCGGGAAGCAAGUACAGGUGUCGAACACAUGUGGCACCCCACCAGAGGAUUACUGUCUCCAGAUGGGCACCCGGGACUCCAGCACAUUGUGCCACCGCUGCGAUGCUGGCAACCCUUUGCUCCACCACAAUGCCACCUAUCUGACGGACUUCCACAGCCAGGAGGAGUCCACCUGGUGGCAGAGCCAGUCUAUGGCCUUUGGCAUCCAGCACCCCAGCUCAGUCAACAUCACUCUCCAUCUGGGAAAAUCCUAUGAAAUUACCUAUGUGAGGCUGAAGUUCCACACCAGCCGCCCAGAAAGCUUUGCCAUAUACAAGCGGAGUUGGUCCGAGGGACCCUGGAUCCCAUAUCAGUACUAUAGUGCCUCUUGCAAAAAGACCUAUGGGAAACCAGAAGGCCAAUUUUUGCGACCCGGAGAAGAUGAGCAAGUGGCCUUCUGCACAGCAGAAUUCAGCGAUAUCUCUCCACUGAACGGGGGCAAUGUGGCCUUCUCCACCUUGGAAGGACGGCCAAGUGCCUACAGCUUUGACCAGAGCCCCAUUCUCCAGGAGUGGGUGACGGGCACAGACUUGCUUAUCUCUUUGGACCGGCUCAAUACCUUUGGGGAUGACAUCUUCAGGGAUCCCAAAGUGCUGCAGUCCUACUAUUAUGCCAUCUCAGAUUUUUCUGUAGGGGGCAGGUGCAAGUGUAAUGGUCACGCUAGCAAAUGCAUUCCAAAUGAAGAAGAUGAGCUGGUUUGUCUCUGUGAGCACAACACCACGGGGGUGGACUGUGAAUCAUGCCAGCCCUUCUACCAGGACCGUCCAUGGGCACGGGGCACGGCUGAGUCUGCCAACGAGUGUCUCCCAUGCAACUGCAGUGGCAGGUCGGAGGAGUGCUUUUACGACUGGGAGCUGUACCGGCGCACCGGGCAUGGUGGCCAUUGCCAGAAUUGCCAGGAUCACACGGACGGGUCACACUGUGAACGCUGCCGCCAGAACUUCUACCGCUGGGACAUCCGGAUGGCGUGUCAGCCCUGCAACUGUAACCCAGCAGGCUCCUUAAGUCUCCAGUGUGACAGUUCAGGGGCGUGCCAGUGCAAAGCAACUGUGACUGGCUGGAAAUGCGAGCGCUGCAGGAAGGGGUUUCACUCCCUCAGUGAAGGCGGCUGCAGACCUUGUGCCUGUGAUGCAGCCGGCAGCAUAGGGACAUGUGACCCGAACACGGGGCACUGCACCUGUAAGGAGAAAGUAGAAGGAUACCUGUGCAACAGGUGCCAGCCUGGGAACUUCAACCUUCAGCCCCACAACCCUGCUGGGUGCACCAGCUGCUUCUGUUUUGGGCAUUCAAGGGCGUGCACAGUAGCUCCUGGGUACGAAGUUUACAACAUCGUCUCUGACUUCAGCCAAGGGCUGGAGGGCUGGAGAGCAGAAACGCUGGCAGGCCAGGAGGUUCCAUUGAGCUGGGCAGAAGGAGAGAUCUUCCUAGAGCAAGGCAAACAGGAAGCAGUUGAUUUCGUGGCACCAGAAAAGUUCCUGUACGACCAGCGUCUCAGCUAUGGGCAGCAGUCCUUGGUGCUGUUUCGCACCCAAGACAGCACCUCCACUGCUUCUCCUUUUCCCGUCCAGCUGGUUUUAGAGGGGGGUGGCAUUGUGGUGUCAGCAAGGCACUCCGGUGUGGAAGGGCACUUGAACAACACGCACCGUGGAGAAUAUAUGGUGACAUUCAGGCUUCAUGAGAUGGAGGGAAAGAUGCAACCCACAAUGCCGUCUUUCCAGUUCCAGCGCCUCCUGACCAACCUGACAGCGCUUCGCAUCCGGAUGGAAAGCAGCGACAGACUGGGGAGGUUUUCCUUGAAGGAGAUCCGGCUCACCUCUGCUCGCCCAGGCCUCUCCCAGCCUGCCUUGUGGGUGGAAGAAUGUACCUGCCCUCAAGGGUACGUGGGUCAGUUCUGUGAAUCCUGUGCUCCAAACUUCAAGCGAGAGGUGCCCUUGGCUGGCCCAUUUACCAGCUGCAUCCCCUGUUCGUGUAACCAGCACGGCAGCUGCGAUCCUCACACAGGACUGUGCCGCUGCCUGCACAACACGGAAGGGGCUUCCUGUGAGCGCUGCAUUCCCGGUUUCCAUGGCAACCCCUUCCUUGAUCAUCCUGAUGACUGCAAGCCUUGCCCUUGCCCGGGCCAGACUCCUUGCACGGCCCUCCCAGGCAGUGGAGAGGUGGUCUGCACGCACUGCCCGCCAGGACAGAGAGGGAGACUCUGCGAGCUAUGUGACGAUGGCUUUUUCGGAGACCCCCUGGGAAGGAACGGCCUGAUCCGCCCUUGCAGUCCCUGUGCAUGCAAUGACAACGUGGACCUCAAUGCCGUCGGCAACUGCGACCCUGUCUUAGGCCGGUGUCUGCGCUGCUUGUACAACACUGCAGGGGACCACUGUGAGAGCUGCCCAGAGGGCUUCUAUGGGAAUCCGCUCACCACCAGCCCUGCCAGGAAGUGUGCUCACUGCGCCUGUAACCUCGGAGGCUCAAUCCAUGGACUGGAGGCCUGCCACAACGUCACAGGGCAGUGCCCCUGCCUCCCACAUGUGACCGGGAGGGAUUGCAGCCGGUGCCAGGAGGGUUAUUAUGCUCUGCAGACGGGAAUUGGCUGCAAGAGUUGCAAAUGCCACCCGGUGGGGUCCCAGCACAGCCACUGCCACCCACUCACAGGGCAAUGUGUCUGCCGGCCAGGUGUGGAAGGGCUGUCAUGUGACCGGUGCCAGACGGGAUUCUUCGGUUUCUCCUUCCAGGGAUGCCGAGCCUGCAACUGCUCCCAUUUAGGUUCUGUCUCCCACCAGUGCCAUGAGAACAGCACGUGCAUGUGCAAGAGGGGCUUCGUGGGCUAUAAGUGUGACCAGUGUGAAGAGAACUACUUCCUUGACCCGGAGAGCUCUCGGUGCAAAGAGUGCCCGAUCUGCUACAGUCUCGUGAAGGAGAAGGCAGGCAAGCUGAAGGACCAGCUGACCACCAUGGAGUUGUGGCUACAGAAACCAGACUGUAGCCGGCACAAGGCCCAUUACGCGAUGCUGGGAGAGGCGCCGUGGGAAGGCAGCAUCCACAGCCGCUACUUGAGGAAAGGUGCCAAGGCCAUGUUCCUCGAAGAGGCUGCAGAGCUGGAGAGCUCCGUGUCUCAUGCAUGGAGCCACCUGAGGAAUGCCAGGGGCAUGAUGGGCUGCCAUGGCAGUGGGGGCACCAAGGCCUGCAUCCUCUCCUCUGACAUCCUUUCUGCCCUGCAGUCCACGCAGCAGGAGAUCCAGCUGGCCACAGAAAUGCUGGCUGCCAUGGAGUUCCCUCCUGAGAUUUCACACCAACCCACAAACUGGAGUCGCCAGGCCCUGGAGUCGAAGUUGUUGGCCAGAAGUCAUGAGGAGGCAGCAGGUUUGUUUGAGGAUAUCGCAAGGAGGGCCCUGGUUAUGUCCAAUGCCAGCUACCUUCUUCUGCAGAGCAUCUUGGCGGACAAUGCCACACUGGAAUUCAGGAGGCAGAUGGAAGAGAGGUAUCAGGGAAUCCAAAAGAUGCAGCAAGAGCUCAGCUCUGAGAUGGAAAAGGCUACAUCCAAGAAGACCUUUGCUUCAGUCCAGCAAAUAGAGAACCUGUCUCAGAUCACCACUUUAGAGCUGCACCCCCUGCUGCAACAAGUGGAAAAUCUUACUGGAAAUGCCGAAGGACUGAAGCAGCUGGCAGAGUUAAAGGCAGAGCAGGUGGUGAACCGGUCCCUCGCAGUGCAGGCUGGCCUAGAGAGAGAGCGAUGGAGGAUACAGCAGCUGGAACAGCUACGGCAAAGAGCAAACAGCGCACACCUGCUGGCCACCUCAUCGCUCUCAAACGGAGAGGCUGUUUUCUCCAAAGCCAAGACCUUCCUCUCUGGCCUGGAUGGGAUGAAAAGACACCAGGGCAGCCAGUCUCUUGUGAAGAGAAUGACAGCCAUUCGAGAGAGGGGGAUCAUGGACACCCAGAAGAAGGCCAGGCAGGUGCAGAGGAUUCUGGGAGAUUCUGCCUCCAUCUCUGCUAAGGCCUGGAAAACUGCUGGAGAAGUGGAGUCACUCACCAAGGAGGAUGCUCAGAAAGUCCAGGCCAUGUUCAGAGAUGUCAAGGAAGAGAACAAGCAUGCCAGUAAGCUUCAGACCCAAGUUGACCUGACUGUGGCAGAAAUCUCCAGGCAAGAGCAAGAGACUGAAGACCUCGGGAGCAAGCAAGAGGGAUCUGGCCAGGUUGGCAUGGAAAUGAAUGAUCUUGACCAGAGCCUCAGAGAAGCCCAGAGCUCCUUGGAGAGGGACAUUGCGACCCUGAACAAUCUGCUCCUCAAUCUAGGCAGCCUGGAUCCCACUAGCCAGACAGAAGCAGCACUGAACGCGAGCGAGUUCCAACUGGAGCGUUUGCGGCUGCACCUGGCUGGGCCCGGAGCCCUGGGGCAGAAGCUGAGGGCCUUGCAGCAGGAGGCUGAGCAGCAGCAACAGAGGAUCGAGGCUUUUGAGAAGGACUUGGAGGAGAUCCAAAGUGACAGAUACAACCUGGAGGCCAUUCUGCAAAGCUUUCCUGAGGGGUGCUCGAGUGGGCGGUGAGCAGGUUGCUGUAAGCAUACCCGUCCACCCUGCUUGGGACUGUGAGGGGCAGACGUGGACGGAAGCCUCUGUGGACAUCAGGCUUAAAACAAACCCGGAGUUUCCAGACAGGGCCCGUACAAUUUCAAGCAUAGCUUUGCAAACAUUAAAGACUGAAACUUUAACAUGUGAGAUUUUCAGAAAGCAGGAAUUUACAGCUUUUCUGCACUUCAUUUUUUGUCUGUAUCUCAGCACGGUUUCUGGUCAAACUGCUUUUGCACAUAUUUGUACCAUUUCAGAAAAAGCCAAAACCAGCUUCCCCCAAAUGGGGCAACAGGAUUUGCCUUCGCGUAGCAAGCCCCCCCG